GCACCUAGACGACUCCUUCGUUCUACCCAACCUCUUACCCACAUCUUUUUUCUUCUCUCUUUCUCCGCAAUAUAACUAAGGUAGCCGCAGUAGCUUCCGAAAGUAUCUGGUCGUCUGCUAUAUUGUUGACUACCCACAAUGCGUAUGAGGUCACUUGCCAGUGGCCUUGGUACUUGAGAAGAAAGUAAAUAUUAUACAUGUAGUAAAUACUUUAGUGUCUGAGAAUGCGCAUUUAAUUUAACCUCGUAGGUGUUUAUGCGCUACGCAGAUCGAACGAAGACUUGUUGACCGGAAACCUAAGCUGCGAAGUUUAUGGGGUUAGUUGUUUAUACUUUGACCGAUUUUCAACAACGCAGCAAACAACGAUUGUACACCUCAGCUGAGCUUAUAUACUGUCACACGGCAUGUACGUCUUCAAAAUAAAUGUUUCUCCUGUCUGUGUAUUUUCUUCAUCCACACCGGAGCCUGGGAAUCACCAUCAUUAGCUGUACUUAGGCAUGGGAGGAGGAGGGUGCAGCGAGCUGGCAUAUACACUCCCUGGGAUGGAGAAGCACUUACAAGAGAAAUGUACGUGGCAUUUCGUAUUUGUGUGGAUUGACAGGUUCAAUCAGUGCACAGAGGUGAGCUAACAGGAUCGUUUACUAGGAUAUUGCCCUUCCUUGCAUCCGGUAGAGGUACAUGGACUAAUUGCGAACUCUGGAAUACACGUGACUUAUUAAGGAGUAAUGUUUGUCGUUUAAAUCUCGGUCAAACGCUAAUGACAUAGUGUAUUAACACCACAGUGUAAGCUAAUUAAUUGCCUUACUUCCACUUGACGAGAAGUUUCAAGUAGGAACAGCAAGUCUUGUAGCACCUUCAGUAAUCAUACUGUAGAUUCUAUUUUAUCACCAAACAAAAACCACCAUUUAGAAGCAAACAAAAAGACUGUUGUCAACACGUGUGAUAACAGCGCGGCACUGAACAACAAACUGUCAACAUGACCUCAUUAUUCCCGAGAACAGAUGGCAGCAACAUGUUGUUACCGAUUGCUUGCCAAAAUUUAAAGGACAUUGUUUAAACAAUCGGUGUAUUCUGGGAAUUUUUUCGUCUGUGGUACUGUGCCAGCAUUGUUGAGCUGCCGCUUAAAUGAAGAGACAAAGGUUCUCUUCUUGUGGUGUGGCCAAACAGAUUCAUGAAAGUGAAACAACCCUUCACAAGUAACUACGCAGCAUGUCUGCCUCGGCUGCCUCCCCUCCAGUGUAGAAGCUAAAUGUGUUCUUCCCGAAUGUUCAAGAGACUCGGGUAACAGCCCUCGUGCGAAAGAGAUGUCUACUGACUGGACUUCCAAGCGCGAGCUGCAAGACCAGCUUGUGUAAUGAGAGUUGUGGUGAAGUGUAGAGAAGCAGUAAAUCAGAAUGCUGCAAAUAAACUUGCUUUAGAAGACAGUGCCACAUUUUUACGAUUGGAAUAUUUGUGAACAGAGCUACACAGCUAAAAUUGUGUUAUUCAUGGAUGGAGCAUUUCACAUCUCAAGUGAAGAAAAUGCAAGUUCAAGUCGAAGAAAAGAUGUGCUGCGUAAAUACCAUUUUUUGGGGGAACAUUUGAUACUAAUGUCUGUUGUUGGGUUGCUUAUUGUAGUUCAUCAGAAUGCGCAAAACACUUUCAGAAGGACGGACCAGUUAUAUUUGAACCUGAAAGUACCUGCUGAAAAAAACUAUGUGAGUAAAAAUAACAGAUGUGGUCACUUUCUAAAACGAGUCAAGAGAUGAGUCUAAAACUGCGCCAAAUGUAGUUUUUGAAGGUAUAAAAUCCCUACAAAACAAGACUGUUCAACAGAAUUUUGGGAAGUAAUUCCUUUGAGUUUUAAAGUACUCGUAGUGAUGCCUGUGACACGAUUCCUUCCAGACACUUCAAGAAACCUGGAACAAGAUAUGGCCUUUGUUGGGUAUCGGUUGGCAACGCUUGGGGCACUUCCUACAACAUUUCCAGUGUCAAGGCUAAAAAUUGCUGAUGCUGGAUUCUAUUACCAAGGUGACAGUGAUGAGGUUGUGUGCUACAGGUGCCAGGCACGACAUAGAGGCUGGACAAAUGCAGACAAUCCUUUCGUAGUGCACCGACGAAUCUCCCCUCAGUGCCAGCACUUAGCUCAGCUGAGUGUCGAGCCAGCUGCUAUCAGCGCCGUACAUAAUGAUGUGACUGAUUCUAGUGCCCGUCAUCGCACCAUCUUCAGUGGGCUAGACACUGACAACACGGAAGAUGGUGAACCUAGAGUUUCAACUGGUCAGCCUCAAUCAGUGUCUAUUGAUGAGACAGGAAAUACCGAAGAUGGUGAACCUAGACUUGCAAAUGGUCAGCCUCAAUCAGUGUCUAUUGAUGAGACAGGGAAUAACACCCAAACGGCCGCUACUGGGCACAGUGCAACCUCUCAGGGGGCUACCAGUAGGUCUGGAGCACCUGGCCAGGCAACAGUUGUACGGACUAUGUUCCCAAGCCCAGCACUUGACCUGGGAGGAGCAGUCUACCCCAUGUACCAAGAUAUGGCCAGCAGAAGAAGAUCGUUUGUCAACUGGAAUGAAACGCGGGCUCCUCCUUUGGAAGAGAUUUUGCUGAAUGGAAUGUUUUAUGCAGGAUAUGCUGACUGCGUGAGGUGUUUCUACUGUGGAGUGGGCCUUAAAUCUUGGGAACCAACAGAUAAUGUUUGGUCUGAGCAUAUCCGAUGGAGACCGAACUGUAGAUACCUGCAGGCAAUCAAAGGGGAAGAUUACAUACGACGGGUUGUUACACAGCUGAAUCGAGAGGGAGAUGGCGAGGAUUUGAGGGAGGCUGUGUCAACUGUGAGAAGUGACAACUUUGUGCUGCCUGCACGCCCUUCUAUCACCACACCUUUGACUACUGCCACAAUUAGUACCACCUCAUCUACUCCAGUUCCUGCUGCUUCCCAGCCUGCAUUAGCAAGUAGCUUAUCAUCACCCACGUCACAGUUGGCAGCCACUGCUACCAUACAACCUGAGACAACAGCAGCAACAGGUUUAUCACAGGAACAAAGAAACAAUGUUGACAGAGUGGAAGAGGAUGGAGAGGCGAGACCAUCCAGGAUUUCUGUUGUUCCACCUAAUGAGGAGAAUGAAAGUGAGAGACUGUCCCGCCUGCGACAAGAAAACAGAGAGUUGGCUGGCAGAUUGCAGUGCCGUGUGUGUCACCGGCGCUCCAUUGACACAAUCUUUCUUCCUUGUGGACACUUGAUGGCAUGCGAAGAGUGCACAGGGUAUGCUGACUGUGUCCGGUGCUUUUACUGCGGGGUGGGCCUCAAGUCUUGGGAACCCAGCGACGAUGUGUGGUCUGAACACACCCGAUGGCGGCCCAACUGUCAGUACCUGAGGACCGUCAAGGGAGAUGACUACAUUCGCCAAACUGUCACGCGGCUGAAUCGAGAGGAUGAGAGUGAUGCUGAUGCUGGAGCUGCUAUAACUGCGGUGAGGAACGAUAACUCUCGCUCAGAGCCUCCUGUACAACAGCCUUCUGCUCGUGCAUCCGUGACACCAGGAGACGGACCCACAGGUUCCCCUCCCACUACUACCACAACCACAGCGAGCAACGCGUCUCCACACCAGCAGACGGCGACAACCACCGCACAAGAGCAACCGUCGACCAGCACCUCAGCCAUGUCAUCAGCAGACACAACAGGAGGAUCACCAGCAGAACACGACGGCAAUGACCGCAGAAAUAACGACAGCAACACCUCAAGACCUCGGGCGUCGGGAAUUGCAGUCGUGUUGCCAAACGAGGAGAGUGAGAGUGAGAGGCUGAACCGCCUGCAACAGGAGAACAGACAGCUGGCAGGUCGCCUGCAGUGCCGGGUGUGUCAUAACCACCCCAUCGACACCAUCUUCCUGCCCUGCGGCCACCUCCUGGCCUGCGACAACUGCACCACGACGUUGCGCGAGUGUCCGCAGUGCCACGAGUACAUCCAGGCCACCGCCAGGGUGCACAUGGGGUAGACAUCACCCACGGGUAGCAGAAUAAAGCCAAGAUGGACUAAAACUGUCUAUUCUAUAUCACUUAACCUCUCCCGUGUUUAUUGCACCGGUCCCUGAAAUCAUGAAUGUGAAUCUGUAUCAAUAUAGAGUGUAGCAAUACGUGAGUGCAACGUUCCUAAGACGUAAAAGAACGUAGGAAUCAGUUGCUGAUGGGGGUUUUAGCCCGAAAGCUGAAAGCGAACAACAAAUCAACAAGUGAUACUAUUACUGAUCGAUGACAGAAGAAAAAUUCUGAAGGACUGUGAAGGGGGAAAAUCCAGAAAGACAUUUCUAUACUCCCAACAUUACUUUCUCUCCAGAAAAAAAAACAUCGUUCACGAGCUACACAAAUGAUCCUAAAAAAAAACUGAAACAAAUCUUUAGAAAAAGCAUACAUUACAUCAAUGUUCGUUUCCUUCACCGUUUCUGAAAAUUCCAACUGUUGUCAAUUGUGAUAAAGAAAAGAAUUCCAAAAAAAAAGAGGUGAACUGAAGUUCCUGGCUUAAACGAAGCGAGGCGUGUCGACGUGUUGUUGACCACUUACACAGAGGAAAGAUAAAUUUCUUGUCGCCAGUGAUAACAGCUAACUGUCAUCAAGACAACUGAGCACAAGUUUCAGGGAGAAGGACAAGUUUGCUACGAUUUCCAGGCGGAACCUGGUCUGUAAUAUGGCAUCUUGCCCUCGUUGUUGUUAUUAUUGUUGUUAUUAUUAGUAUUAUUGUUGUUGUUAUUAAAAUCUUUAGCCUGUA